AUGAAGAUUGAGUUUGCGCCGCUGAACGUGCCGUUACACAGGCGCAUACAGACGGCCGCGGUGGUGCAAUGGGUCUUCUCGUUCCUCGCUCUCGGACCUGUUGGACCUUUAGGACUGGUGUCAAGCGAGAAGGCCAGCGCCAGCUACAUCAUCAGCCGGCCGGAGGGAGGUCAUGUCGCCGUGGUGGCGGUGGGCGGAGCUCCGGAGUCGCUGGAGGCGCGGCCGGGGGCGUUAACCCUUCAGCUGCUGCAGCGCAAAGGAUUCAUCAAGCUGGCACUCAAGCACGGGGCGUGGCUGGUGCCAGUCUUCUCCUUCGGCGAGAAUGAGCUGUUUGACCAGAUGGAGAAUCCGCGAGGCUCCGCCCUGCGCCGCCUCCAGGAACGCCUCCAGCGGAUAAUGGGCGUGGCCCUGCCCCUCUUCCACGCUCGCGGCGUGUUCCAGUACAGCUUCGGUCUGCUGCCCUACCGGAAACCCAUAACCACCGUCGUGGGACGACCCAUUCCAGUUGUACAGACACCGUCACCCAGCAAAGAGGACAUUGAAAGCCUCCAUAAACUCUACAUUGAGGGGUUGACGCAGGUGUUUGAGGACAAUAAAGCGGCCUAUGGCAUCGCAGACGACCAGCACCUCCAGUUCAUCUGACAACAACACUACCUAGGGCCAUUGACAGCUUUGGCCGGGGCCCAGGACUAAGUCAUCUGAAAGGGACCCCCCCCCCACACACACACACUCAAUACAUGUAACGUAAUGAGUACCCAAACCUAGGCCUUCCCUCUCCCUGGGCCUGGUACAACUGACCACCAUCAUCCCCCUGUCUGCUUCCGUCACACCACCUCCUCUGCCUGCCCGUCUGCGUGUCUGUCUGUGAGUCGUGACGUUUUAGUAGUAGCACACGUCAGGGUGCUGCAACUACAGCUAAUGCCACUAUUGUAUGGAUGAAAUGAUUUUUGUUGUUAGUCGAUUAUCUAAGAAUUAUCUAAGCAUUUCCAUUGCAGUUCAUUAAUUACCAAAUACUAAUUAUUUAAUUGCCAUUAGCUGUGGUUGUACCACAGAGUCCAAAAAAGCGUAAUUGACGUCUGUCUCUCUGUCUGUCUCUCUGUUUGUCUGUCGGUCUCUCUGUCAUUUGUCUCUUUCUGUCACCAGUACGUCUGAAUCGCGAUGAGAUGAGUUAGACAGACAGAAGACAUUCAUUGGAAACCAACACUAUGACCUCUUGUCUAUCUAUCUGUCUGCCUGUUUGUCCUUUGCCUUUGUCUGUUAGUAAUAUGUCUUGUGUGUGCCAUUGGAUCUGAGGGGUGAAAAUCAAACUAGUUCUUUCCGUCUUUUCCUUUUCUUUUUUUUAUUAAGUAUUUUUGGGGGCUUUUUUGGCCUUUGUUAUUAUUAUAGGACAGUGUGAGAGUAGACAGGGAACGAUUGGGAGAGAGAGGCGGGGCAGACCCUGGAAAUGACCCCGGCCGGAUUUGAACCGGGGUCCCCGUGGGCAAUGUAAGCCCAAAUGUUGCUCCACAGCGCCCCCACCUUCUCCCUUUUCCUAUUGCUUCUGGCCUCUUACCUCUGUGUAGCAAAAGGCAAUAAAGUUUCCCUGCUGUCUGUCUGUCUGCCUAGGAAGAGAAACUUCUGCGGGGGUUUUCCCCAUUCAACAUCGAGAGGGUAAAUGAGAUGAUUAAUGAAAUUUUUAAAUUGUAGUUUUCACAAAAUAUUGAAUGAAGCUUCAAUCAUCAGUGAUGUCGAGCCUUGCAUCUCGAGGCCAUAAGAAACAGGAAAGGGUGUGAGGAACUAGUUUCACGUAUACCCCUAGCGGAACCAGACAGAAGAGCUUCAUUGGAAAUCAACACUACAGCCUCUGUCUCCAUGUUUUCAGGCCGUCCAGAUUGGUGCUGGUGCCUAUCCCCGCUAGCCAGGCCACGCCCUCCUAGUGACACAACACCUUCGGCGUUGCUUCUAGUCAAGCCAGGAGCAAUACAAAUAUCGUUUCUGAGCUCUGGGGAAAACGGUAACUCCACCCACUUUGUCGGGAAGCAAUCAACUUUGAGCAGCUCCAACGGCCCUGGGUAGAGGCGCGAUCAUGGCAGUGGCGUGGUUUAAGCAGAGAUGUUCUAUUGGGACUAAGAAAAUGUACAUCCUUUUCUGGCCUAGACCAGUUGCAAACCGAGGGAGGCAGGUUAACCAGGCGGUUUGGGAAAUGUUAUUUGUUGUCUUUCUUGGUCAGACCAGCGACCAACCAUCUCAGUACGAGAUUUGAAAGUCGAUGAUUAUCAGGCAACAUCCCUGCACCACUUGCGCUCCAAAUUGAAGUGCUUACCUGUGCUUCUGCUAGUCUGUACUUUUUCACAUGUUACCUGGAUGAACCUGCUGACGUCCCAACUAAGUUGUCGUCACGGUUCAUCAAGAAAAAAAAAAGGAUUUUUUUUGGUUCUCAUUGCAAAACAAAUUUGUGGUCAGAUUUUCGGCACACGUGAACCACGUCUGAGAUAAGGUGCGGGAACAGGCACUGGCCUGG